GGGCGACGGGCGCGGCGGGAGGCGACGCGCCGGCCCUCGCCCUUGUACUCGGCUGGGCGCAGCCGGCGGCGCGGCGAGGUUACUUGCUGGAGUUCUUCAGAUUUGUUCUUUCCUUGAAAUGGUAGGACUAGGAAACAGCUGUCGCGGGAUGAAGUCUCCACCACUCCUCGUGACUGCACUUGUAGCGUGCAUAAUUGUUUUGGGUUUCAACUACUGGAUUGCAAGUUCUCGCAGCAUGGAUCUGCAGGGUCGAGUCAUGGAUCUGGAAGGCAAAGUCCGCAGGGCAGCAGCAGAGAGGGGUGCUGUGGAACAAAAAAAGAAUGAAUUCCAAGGCGAGCUAGAGAAGCAGCGACAGCAGAUUGACAAAAUCCAGUCCUUGCACAGCUUUCAGAUGGAAAAUGCCAACAGAGCACAUCAGGAAGAGAAGGCAGUGCUGAUGAGUAACAUCACAGUAAAUGAUCGAUUGAUUCAGAGUCUACGAGAACACUUGAAAGAGUUACAGACAGAAUAUGGAAAGCUACAGCUGGAUGUUUACUGGUUUCAGAAGAACCAGACUAGCCUUCAGAGGAAGUUCUCAUAUGACCUGUCACAGUGCAUCAACCAGAUGAAAGAAUUAAAAGAACAAUGUGAAGAAAGGAUAGAUGAGCUUACAAAAAAGAGUGGUGACGUAUCACAAAUCAAAGAAAACAAAGACCUCACAGAAGAUAGACAGGUCUAUACUCAACUGUCAGCCUUGAAGCAAACAGGGCUCAAGCAGGCUGACUUGAAACAGCAGAAAACCAGUGAAGAUGUUCCUAAAGCAGUACCUACAGUAAGAAAGACAGACCUGAUGCAGGCUCAAGAAAGAACAGACAGCCUAACUGACAUCAGAAAACAGGAGCCUAAGGCCGAAGAGGAGCAGCUUUCUAGUCAGUUGGAAAAACCUCAAGAGUCAUUCAAGGCUACUGCAGGUCACAAGGAGAUGUUGCCUGAGUCAGAGAAGGAGCCAAAUCCACCUGAGGAUGAGAAACAUGUAGCUGGGCAAGAUACAUUAGACCCAGCAGCAAAGCAGGCUGCCAGUGAGGAAAUUGAGAGGGAAGAGCUCCUAAAUUAUGAUGAUAAGCAGGAUGACUUGGCCCCUGGAAAGGCUGACAAACAGGAACGUGAAGCAGUAAACCAGGAUAAGGAUGUUGAUUACAAUUUAGAUGUGAAUGAAGCUGAAUCAGAAACAGACAAGCAAGCAGCACUUGCAGGGAUUGAAAAUGCUCAAAACCCUGAAGAUCUGAAGAACCACUUACCUGACCAUGGUGAAGGACAACAGAAGUCGUGAACAAAGGAAGCUCACGAUGCAACUGAGUCACCUCUUCAUCCAAAUGCAGCAAUGAUCCAAGCAAAGUGAUUUUAGAAGAUUUUGAUUAUCUUCUAAAGACUUGACUAUGGGCCCAAAAAAAGUAGUAUUUUGUGAGGUUUCAGUACUGCUGCAGUGGGGAAAAGAUGUAAAUCUCUGGUGGUUUGUUUCAAAGCAGUUUGGCCUCUGCAAUGACUUUCUCCUUCCUAUCAAUGAUAAAAUUGCAAUCAGGUGGCAAUAAAGGUAGUAACUUUGAAUUUGGCUACUUUGUAUAGUCAUACUACAGUAAGCGUGUGCGUGGAUUGGUGGUAGAUGAUGAGCAGUCCUCUGCCAAGGAUGGAUCUCUCCCCUGAGCAAUGCACAGUAUCCCCAGCUUAGUUUUAAGAAUUUAAGAAGGAGUUCUGUUACUGUAACAAAACACGGGAAGGAUGAAAACCAGUCCAUGCUGCAAACUACCCUUGUGCCUUUUCUGGCACCUUUUUACUUCAACACAGACUGAGAAGGCACAACUGUAGUCCUCAGAUACUAUGCAGAAUGCUAUAUGGACCUGGGCCUCUAAAUUAAAUUCCUAGAUUACACUCUUGAGAUGUGUUCUUCAAAGUUAAAUCCAAAAAGGAGUCCGAUGAUAGCAGCUUCUUGUUAAGAGAUUUGAAGAUUUUUCUGAAAGCUUUGUUGGAUUCCACAAGGUCAGUACUACAAUUUGAUUAGCAUUACCGUGCACAAAUUAAGUGUAAAAAUUCAAACUCAUAAACUUUUCAUGACAGAAGCCCUCUGACAUAAUUUACUGCAAGUACCAUUUAUUUACUCCAUCCAGCCACUAUCUUCUGCAAAAGACAGGAAUGCUGAGAUUGCCUUGUACAACAGCAAUCUCAGCUGUUCAACGUGACUGAUCUUCUCUGCUGGACUUCUGACGGAGGUAACCAGACUAUGCAUUUAGAGGACACCAUAGUGUCUUCCACAGGUAAAGCUUCAAUUGUUGUGAAGUCCUGUGUUAAUCACAAUGUAUCGCUUUGUUAAUGUUCUUCAGUCUUUUUCUUUUCUGUAACUUGUUAAAUGUAAACUAAAAACUAGUUUACUUGCAGCAUGCUAGAAAUACCCUCUACUUGCCCCUAAGGCACCCUUAACUGCAGUCCAACCACUAUGUAUAUAGCCAGCUGGUUUGAAGAAGUUUUUGUAUUUAUCUGCUUCUGAGACCAACACCUGGUUUGGAGCAUUCUUGGUGAGUAUGAACCAACCUCUGUCGUGACAGCACAGCAGCAGACAGCUGUGACUAACUUGCCAACCAGCAUUCCAUUUAAGAAAACACAAAUUUAUCUUUGCUUUCCAUUAAAGCACUUAAUUUUGUACUCCU